UGUGAGAAAUUUGGUUGAGUGUUUUGUUUGGAAGGUCAAAUUGAACAAUUUUUUUCUAUUGUAAUUUUCUUUGUUAUUUAAUUAAUUUUAAUUGUAAUUAAAAAGAAAAUGAGUUUAUUAAGGAAAGGAAUGGCUCUUGCCAAUCGUGCAACUCCAAUGAUUCAAAGUCGACGAGGCUUAGAGAUGAGCAAGCUACCGGUUAUUGGUCCUUUUUUUGAUAAACGACCUAUUGGUAUGCCUGAUCCUAUCGAAGGUACCAUUGGUAUGACUAAGAUGGAGUUGAUGCUUCAAGAGAUGGGAGUCACUGAUCCUUUCUUGGAAAAUCCAAUCUACCUUAAUGGUGGCUCUAAAGAUGAUCCAAUGUUGGUCAUGAUGUUGACCAAAAAAAGGAUGGUUGGAUGUCAAUGUGAACCCGAUCAGACUUAUUUCAAUUUCAUCUGGAUUCAUGAAGGAGAAAGUAAAAGAUGUGAAUGUGGAUAUUGGUUUAAAGGUGUUGCUAUUCCUAAUCCUCAUUUAUACGUUGUUGAUAAAGCUUUCACGUAAAUCCAUUAGGAAUUAUCUCUCUACCUUUCAUGGAAAUUAGUGUUUUGGAAAUAAAAAUCGCAUCUAUAACAAAAAUCGGAUUCAAAGAUGAAGGAAAAUCUAAAAUUUUAAACAAAUGAUCCAAUCUACCAAGUCUACCUGUUAUUUAGAUGUCAUAAUUUAGGUGAAAAUAUUGCAAAACAAAAAACAAAUUACAAUUAAAUAACAGCUAAAUUGUUGAUUCUUUAAAGAAAACUAAAAUCAACCCAAGUGAUUUAACUUAAAUCUAGUUAUUCAAAACAAUCCAGCUAUAAAUGUAUCCAUAAUUUAGUUAAAACAAAACAAAACAAAACAAAGGGUUGUUGAUAUAAAAGAUUAAAACAAAUUGUAAAUCAA